CUCAACAGUAUCAAUCGAGUGGGAACGCGCUGACUGAACGAUGCUCAUGUCAAGAUGCUUGAAUAGUUGACUAAUCUCCUGACAAUCGGUAGUUUUCGGUCCACACAACAAUUUGGAGGUACGAUUAAAAGUCAACCUCUCAAAUCAAAGACGUGUAAGGCUUAUACUCCGGAACUUACCUAGAAAGCGGCCCACAAUAACCACGCACGAAACCAUCUAAAUUUCAUAGCUCGCGACUCCAUCAUCGUUGAUCUCUUCCUCACAACUCAAUAAUUCCAUCAUUUGUUUUCUCCACACGCUGAAAAAUGAGGCCUGCAAUUCCAGAAGACGAAGAGAUGAAGAUGGAGGAGGACAUGUACAUGGACUCAAGUAUGUACAAAGCAGCCAGAGAAGGCAACUUCACUGGCCUCGAAAACUCAAUCCGCCAGAAACAUGGAGCUAAUAGAGAAGAGGAAGCCCUACUACUAGAGACCCGCAAGCGCAAUAAUCUCGUCCACCUUGCUGCGGAGUCGGGCCACAAGGACUUCAUCCUGCAGGUCCUCCAGAAGUGCCCCCAGCUUGCGGCCAAGCCCAACUCCUGCGGUGACACGCCGCUCCAUGUCGCGGCACGGACAGGCCUCUCUCACAUCGUGACGGCCGUCCUCUCCAAGGCCAAGCUGCAAGGGAAAACGCCCACCACCGACACGCCCUCCACGCGGCAGAUGAAAGAGAUGGAGAAUGGGGGCACGGCCGGGAUCAAUAACAGCUUGCUGAGGCUGGAGAACAUGGGAAAGAACACGGCGUUGCACGAGGCGCUGAGGAACGGGAACGAGGAGGUGGGGAUGUAUCUGUUCGAUCAAGAUAAAGAGAUGGCGGGGAGCGUGAAUAAGUCCGACGAGAGCGCGCUGUAUUUAGCGGCGGAGUUAGGGAUUGAGAAAGUGGUGAAGGCGAUGGUGGAGUUCUUGGACAGGCAGCGUGGAGGAGAUGUUUGGCAUGGCGCUUUGAGUGGCCCGGACGGCCGAAACCCCUUGCAUGCAGCUGUUCUUGCUGGAAAUAUUGGUUGCGUGGAUGCUCUCAUAAAACUCCAAGGAUCAAAUAUGAUCAACAAGCCUGACAACAACGGAAGAACAGCCCUGCACUUCGCAGCCAAAGCCAAACAGAAAGAAAUCACCGCUCGCCUCCUCCGAACCGACCCUUCUUCGGCCUACGCCAAGGACCUCAUCCAUGGCCGAACGCCACUGCUCGAAGCCGCCUCCUCGGGCGACCUUUGCCUUCUGAGAGAGAUCCUCGAGCACUGUCCCGACACGGUCGAGAUCUCUGACAAUGAGGGUCGGAAUGCGGUUCACCUUGCGCUGAAGUGCGAGCCGAGUUACUCUAAGGAGGUGUUGAAAGUGCCCGAGCUGGUGAAGCUGGUGAACAAAGCCGACUGUCGUCGGGACACACCAUUGCACAUGGCAGCUAAGGAUCAUAACUACAAAAUUGUGAAGAAGUUGCUGAUGAAUCCUGAGGUGGAUCUGAGGGCCAAGAAUGCCGAUGGCCUCACGUUUCUGGAUAUUUGUGAGUCUCGCUGGCAAUACACCAUGAAGAAGAAAUACCUCUACCAACACCUGAAGGACCUCCCAGCCGAUCGAAGGCUUCCUCCCACCUUGAACCCCUCCGCCAAACACCUCACCCCACUCGACAAGCCAGAAGCCGACCUCAGGGGCCACGCCAACGCCCUCACUGUCGUUGCCACCCUCCUUGCUACCAUCACUUUUGCCGCUGCCUUCACAUUGCCUGGCGGUUUGACGCCCGACGAUGGGGGCGCUCAUCCACCGCUGCCAUCCCCCUCAAGCAACUUCCAUGACUCUCCUGAUUACCCACCUCCGAAGAAAUUAAGCAGCCCCAGCUACCUUGAACCUGGCCACGCCAUCCUCAUCGGCCAAUCCGCCUUCAAGGUCUUCAUCCUAGCCGACAUCCUUGCUGUCUCUACUUCCCUGAUGGUACUAUUCGUCUUGAUCUCGGCUAUGCUUGCCGACCAGACGGUCUUGAGGAAGGCCAUCGCAUACAGCAAGAAGCUGCUCUACCUCUCCCUCGGGGGGACCAUGGUGGCCUUCAUGACAGGGCUGUACAGCGUCAUAUCGACCGACGUCGGAUGGUUGGCAGUUGCCGUGUGCGUCAUUGGAUCGAGUGUCCCAUUCCUGACCAAGUAUUUCCAGGUCAAGAGCUUCACAUCUUCUCCUGUGCUUCUUCAUCGGUUCCUCAGCAGGAAGAGCUCGAAGUGGAUAGCACCUGAACCGCCGAGCUCCAGUCGGAUUGAGAGGGUCAGAGAUGAAUCUGAGUCCUUCGAUGAAGCAGCCAAACGUGAAGCACGUCCUGUUCAGCUGAGACAACUUUCUAGGCGCACCCGGUCUGGCAGCUCAAAGUUAUAUACAUAUACAUAAGGUUUUACGUUCCAAGCACCUCAUGUGUUCCUUUUUUUGUUGAUUUUAGGUUAUCGUUGACUA